GGUGCGGCCGGCUGGCAGCUAUGGCGGCCGUUCGCGGCCUGCGAGUGUCUGUGAAGGCGGAGGGCCCGGUUGGGUCCCCGGCUUUGGGGCUUCCGUCGUCGCCCGAAGUGGAGUCCGGCUUGGAGCGUGGCGAGCCGGAGCCCAUGGAGGUGGAGGAGGGCGAGCUGGAAAUCGUGCCGGUGCGGCGCUCGCUAAAGGAACUGCUCCCGGACACAAGCAGAAGAUAUGAAAACAAGGCUGGCAGCUUCAUCACUGGAAUUGAUGUUACCUCCAAGGAAGCAAUUGAAAAGAAAGAACAGCGAGCCAAGCGCUUCCACUUUAGAGCAGAAGUAAAUCUUGCACAAAGAAAUGUAGCCUUGGACCGAGACAUGAUGAAGAAAGCAAUCCCCAAAGUGAGACUGGAGACCAUCUAUAUAUGUGGAGUAGAUGAGAUGAGUACCCAGGAUAUCUUUUCCUAUUUUAAAGAAUAUCCUCCAGCUCACAUUGAGUGGUUGGAUGACACCUCCUGUAAUGUGGUUUGGCUGGAUGAGAUGACAGCCACACGAGCUCUCAUCAAUAUGAGUUCUCUGCCAGCUCAGGAUAAGAUAAGAAGCAGAGAUACCAGUGACGACAAAUCGUCUGAGAAAAAUAAGAAAGACAAGCAGGAAGACAGUUCAGAUGACGACGAGACUGAAGAAGGAGAAGUUGAAGAUGAGAAUUCAAGUGAUGUAGAGUUGGACACAUUGUCUCAGGUAGAAGAAGAGUCUCUGUUAAGAAAUGAUCUUCGUCCAGCUAACAAACUUGCUAAAGGAAAUAGGCUAUUCAUGAGAUUUGCUACAAAAGAUGACAAAAAGGAACUUGGAGCAGCCAGAAGAAGUCAAUAUUAUAUGAAAUAUGGAAAUCCCAAUUAUGGAGGCAUGAAAGGAAUUCUUAGCAAUUCAUGGAAGCGAAGAUAUCAUUCCCGUCGCAUUCAGCGGGAUGUGAUCAAGAAGAGAGCCCUGAUUGGGGAUGACGUUGGCUUGACGUCGUAUAAACACCGACAUUCCGGAUUAGUGAAUGUUCCCGAGGAACCCAUUGAAGAAGAGGAAGAGGAAGAAGAGGACCAAGACAUGGAUGCAGAUGACAGGGUCGUGGUGGAGUACCAUGAGGAACUCCCUACUCUCAAGCAGCCCCGUGAGCGGAGCGUGUCUAGGCGGUCCAGCACAAGCAGCUCAGACUCAGAUGAGAUGGACUAUGAUCUAGAACUGAAGAUGAUUUCCACUCCCUCCCCAAAGAAAAGCAUGAAGAUGACCAUGUAUGCAGAUGAAGUGGAAUCUCAGUUGAAAAGUAUUAGGAACUCUAUGAGGGCAGAUAGUAUAUCGACCAGCAACAUAAAAAAUCGAAUUGGUAACAAAUUGCUACCUGAGAAAUUUGCAGAUGUCCGACAUCUCUUAGAUGAAAAGCGUCAGCACUCGUGUCCACGACCGGCGGUUGGCAGCACCAAACCAGAUAUUCGCCAACGGUUAGGAAAAAGACCGUAUUCUCCAGAAAAGGCUUUUAGUAGUAAUCAAGUGGUUCGGAGAGAACCGUCUUCGGAUGUACAUAGUAGGCUAGGUGUUCCCAGGCAAGAUGUUAAAGGCCUCUACUCUGAUACUCGGGAAAGGAAAUCAGGUGGUUUAUGGACUCGCUUAGGUUCUACACCCAAGACCAAAGAAAAGAACACGAAGAAAGUGGAUCACAGGCUGUCUGGUGCUGAGGAAGAUGACUCGGAGCUUCAGAGGGCAUGGGGUGCUUUGAUUAAGGAGAAAGAACAAUCUCGCCAGAAAAAGAGUCGGCUAGAUAGCUUGCCGUCGCUCCAGAUUGAAGUCAGCCGGGAAAGUAGCUCUGGUUCAGAAGCAGAGUCCUGAUGCCCUGGCCUUGGCAGCUGCCCUCAGACCUGACAUUCUUACGUAGGAUGGGGCACACAGUAGGAACAGCUGGCGCCCUUCCCUCCUGCCUGCACCCUGAACUCUUGCUGUCCCAGUAGGACAGUUUUGGAGUGUAUUGAGUGUUGAAGGGCGUCUCUGCUUGUGCUGCAGAGCUGCAGUUCUGGGCCCUCAAGUCUUCUCCCCACCACCCCACAAGCUUUACCCUUGGAGAAAAAGGCAACCCUCCAGAUUUUGUAGACGUUUUCUUAAUAUUUUUAACAUUGUGUCUUUUAAAAGAAAUGUUUUACAUGGUUCAUCCAAAGAGCAGAGAACUUCUCACUGUUGCCUUGGCUCUGACAGCUCUUGCCAGCACCCUUUUCCCAAGAAAAGUCAGUUCCCAGGUGCUUAUUGGACAGUCUUUGGGGGAAGAUGAGGGAAGCUGCCCGCCCAGCCUUCCAGGACCUUAGUGUGGGGGCUGAAUCUUAUAGGCCUGACCUGGCUGCGUCUGCCCUCCCUGGUAGAUAGAAAUGUAGCAGCAAUGGCUUCCAUUCCUCCCUGGGGAGUUUCUGUUAGGCCCUUUAUUGGCUAUUAGCCUGAUGUGAAGGUCAAGGUAGUGCUGUGGGACUUCUAGGGACAGGCAGCUCUGGCUUCUGAAUUUGAAGUUGAUUUAUGUGCUUAGGAAUGGGGUCUUGGGUUAAUGUUGAACAAUUUCUAAGUCUGUAUUAUGUUCAAAAACUAUUAAUGACUUAAAAGUUUAAAUUUUUAAUUUUUAUAUGUGGAUAUUCCUCCUGUUGGCUACAGGGGAAGCUCAAGUGGUGUCUCUUGUGUUGUUAAAUAUACAUAUUAUAUACUUUGGAAGAAGGCAAAGAGAAGAGUCUUUAUUUUAAAUGAUACUAAAUGUAUGGUCUGUUGUACAUGAAUUCAACUUGCUUUGUGGCCACUGUAGGAAAAACUGUCCGUCUGCAAUGGACUCUUCUUGUUCAUUACAGCUUUUCUAAAAGGCAUGGCUUGAUAAUUCAUUCUUUUGUGGCUGACUUGUCACUGAAGACGUAUUCAAAACUAGCAAAUAAGAUAGUAGUUUCAGAAAUUUUUAGUUUAUUUUUAGUCUUCUUUCAAAUUCUUUUACCAUGGAAAGUUAGUUGAUUAUUUGGCCUUUCAUCUGACUUUGCAAUAUUUAAUACUGUAUUCCUCUGCAGGUAUAAAACUGAUGUUUCACUUAAGCACAUUAGAAUCUUGGAGUUAGAGAUAAUGGUGAGCCGCUGUCACUUUGGGAUGUCACGCUCUUCAUGUGCCUGGGUUGUUCUCAUCCAUAGAGCACUUGACUUGUGGUUGAGCGCAUGCCCCAUUGGUGGUUGACUACAUUGUGUCAUAAGAAAAGAAGCAGACAGGCUUAAGAACUGAAGUUGUAACAAACCUGUGUCAUAUGUAUUAUUUGGUUAACCUCCCCCCCAUAUAACCAAAGUUGUUUGGCUUCUGUGGAUUCCAGAAAGAGGUAGCUUUGAUUUCUCUGCUAGUUCAGACCUAAGGCCUCUAAGGUUUCUAAGCUUCUCUUGUCCUGUGUGGCUCACAGCUCACAGUUAUGUUCUUAGAGGUUCAGACUGGUAGAAUGAGAAGAAAAAGGGCAGACCUGGAUGCCAACCUGGACCCUGCCCAGUGGUCCUGAGCUUUCCUUUCCCCAUGAAGCAAUUAAAUGGUCUGGUGCAGUUUCUGGCUUUGUUGAUAUCUACUUGUUAUUCUUGAAGCUAUGUCUGUAGCAUGUUUUCUGUUGAGGUGGCCAGUGUGUCAGGAAGACAGGGCAGGUAUGUGCUUAAGCACUGGCUCUGGUUCUGUCAGUGGGUUAGAGAUCUUCCCAACUGACAUGGUUUCCUCAGAGCUUAGGCAACCCCCCACCCCCUGGCUUUCUUUUUGUUCCUCAGUUAUGAUGCUUUCCAUCCACCAAUCCAGACCCAUUUGCCUAGGGCCUUUGAGCACUUCUCAGUCUCCUGCUAGAAACGAGGGGAGGACUUUAUGGAAGACAGGUAGUGAUGGCCUUCCCAGCCUUUCUCUCCAGCCUGCACUUGGGCUUCAAUACCUUGAGCCCUGUAUGUUUAGGAAUGAUGGUGGAUAGUCAGGAUAGUCUAGCAGACAGCUGGGUAUACUUUCUCCAGGGUACUUUCUGUACAUGUGGGGUUACUCCAUGUAGAAGAUUUUAAAUACACUUUUUGCUGCUUGAUAAUAAUCGCAGAUACCUCAUCUCUGUUUCCAACCCCCCCCCCCUUUAUAGAGGGGCCGGACAGCUUCUGGCCCUCCUCUAGCUUGAACCCAGGAAUCCUUCCCUGCUUCUGUUCUCCCUCUCUGCAGCAGCCUCUCUCAGUUCUCCCACUCCAUUCUUCAUGUAACUGGGAUGAAUUUUUGCUUGAGAGAUUAUUUACGUAGUAUUCAGUUUAUCCAUUUAAAGUAUACAUUUCAGUUGGCUGUGGGCUAUUUACAGAGUUGUGUAACCAUUAUCAUAAUAAACUUUAGAACACUUUCAUCACCAAACACAUCCUGUUCCCCCUAGCACUCAUCCUUCAUCUCUCUCUCUCUCUCUCUCUCUCUCUCUCUCUCUCUCUCUCUCUCUCUCUCUCUCUCUGUAUAUAUAUUUAGACAGGUUUUGAUUGUGUAGCCCUGGCCCCUCAAGCUCCCUAUGUAGACCAGGCUGGCCUUGAAUUCACAGAAAUUGUCUUCCUUCCCCUGCUUCCCAAGUGCUGGCAUUAAAGGUGUACCAGCAAUGUGCUUCUCAGUUCUUUUUUUUUUUUUUUUAGUUUUUUAAAUUAUCUUUAUAUUUAUCAAUCAUUUAAUGGGCAUUCUGUGGUUUCUAGUUUGAGACUAUCGUGAAUAGGCUUCUGUGAGUAUUUGUGUGCAGCUCCCCUUCAUGGAUGUGUGUUUUUAUUCUUCUUCUUCUUUUUUUUUUUUUUUUUGGUUUUUUGAGACAGGGUUUCUCUGUGUCCUGGAACUUGCUUUGUAGCUCACACUGGCCUCGAACUCACAGAGAUCCACCUGCCUCUGCCUCCCAAAUGCUGAAAUUAAUGGAAUCUAUAUAUCAUGGUAGCUCUUACCUUUCGUCUUUGGAGGAAUUGCCAAGUUGUAUUCCCAUGGAGUGUAUCAUGAUUCCAGUUUAUCAUAUUCCUCCAAUACUCAUUUUUCACCGUGAAGCGGUAUUUCAUUGUGUGUGUGUGUGUGUGUGUGUGUGUGUAUGUGUGCACAAUGUUUUGUUUUGUUGCAGUGUAGGGAGGGCAUCAAACCCAGGACCUUGAACGUGUAGACAAGUGCUGUACCACUGAGCUGCACCCCAGUCCCUGAAUAGUUCUGAGUUGCAUUUCCCUAAUGACUAGUGCUAUUGCCCAUUAUUUAUUCCUCUUCCUCAUCCCCCCGCCCCCGGUUAUUUUAUUUUAUUGGCUUUUCAAGACAAGGUUUCACUAUUUAUCCCUGGCUGGAGACCAGGCUAACCUCGAACUCAGAGAUCUGCCUGCCUCUACUUCCUAAGAUUAAAGGUGUGCAUCACCAUGCCUGGGUAUGUUGGGCAUAUUUUCAUGUAUAACAAGAUGAACUUUUAAAAUAUCAAUCUGAUCUUAUUGUUACUCUGCUGAGACCUUUGCAGAACCUCACCAUCGCUUCUGAAGUAAAAUCCCAGACUUCUUUGAUAGCCUGUGGAGCCGGUCAGGAUGGCCCCUGGCAGUACCUGCGACCUGUUCUCAUUUUUUUCCAGACUGCCUUCUUGAUUUCUCUCAUCAAGAUUUUAAGAGGCAUUCCUCAAUACUGGUUUCCUUGUGUGUCCCAGUAUUGCUAUAAAGGAAUCUUAGCUGACUCCGGGGUUAGGUCCUAAGUCAAUGCCCGACUUUAAAAUUGAAUGUAAUCUAAUCACUUUGAGGCCAGCCUGGUCUAUAAGAGCUAGUUCCAGGACAGGCUCCAAAGCCACAGAAAAACCCUGUCUCGAAAAACAAACAAACAAAAAAAAGAGUGUAAUCUAAUCAAAAUGCCUCUUGGAAAUCCCAGGGCAGGUGCCACAUUGAAGACCAGCUUCAUAAGGUUCUUGUAGUUCUUACCUUUGUGGAAAAGGGUUACUCUUAAUUUGGUUGAGUACUAAGUAAAGUAGUUGGACCUGCAAUUUAGGACCAUGUCAUGCAAAUGCUCCCUUGUUUUGGUGUCACCACACCCAGUGAUGCCUCUUUUAAGAAGCUUGGGAACUUGGGCCACAGGAGCAGCAGAAGCACAAAGAAUGUCCAGGGUUUCCCACCCAGCUUGCCUGGGCUUGCUGAGGGGAGGAUGGAGACAGUGGGGCUCCAUCGCCUUGCAACUGUUUUUGUUUGUUUACUUUUCAGACAAGUGCUUCGCGUUUAAUCCUGUGACUCGCAUAAUGCAAACCACAUGCCUCCAACCCACCCAGCACACUUUACUGGACUUUCACUUCCUAUUCCUGGUUAAUACGUUUGCUAGGCUGUAAGCUCGUGAGAGCAGGGACCAUGUUUGACUUGUACAUUGGUUGUGCUUUCUCCGUGCUUGUCAGCAUACUGACCCAGAAGGUCCUCUAUGAACAUUUGUGAGACUGUAAGCUUCCAGCCAGAAGAGCAGCUCGACCCUCAGGCCUGUGCCUCUUAUGGGCCAGGCCUCAUUUUCCUGCCACGUAUAUGGAAUGCUUUAUUUUCAUGUUUUGUUCUUGCUUUCCUUUCCAGCCUGUGAGCUCCUAAGGAGCAGGUAUCUUCAUGGUAUUUUCUCUGUAUCCCUGAACCAGGCCAGCCCAGUGUAAGUAGAAUUUUAAAAGUAUUUGGGAAAUGAAUAACUUUGAUAACACAGCUCACACACCAUUUUGUGUGCCUUUUUUUGAUUCUAGCUGAGUUCCCCAGAUGCAAAGUGGGCCAGAGUAGUCGUUGAUAUUCCAUGUGUGCAAUAAGGAGCUAUCACUAAGUGGAUCUCAGAAAACUCACAUGUUGAUGAUCUGCCACAUCUGAGCUGGAGUUUAUCCAGCUCUAGAAAAGUUGCUGGGAAUUCAUUUUGUUUUUUUAAACUUGAGGACAGUUUUAUUGGGGUUUGAAAGAAAGCUGCCAGGCAAGUUGUAAAUCGCAGCAGACAGCAAGGGGAAAGAAACAGAAAAGGGCAUGCUGCUUGAGUUAAGGUGACUGUGUCCUCAGUCACGUAAUGGCCAGGAGCGGGCUUAGAAAGUCCAUAAUACCAGAGCUGGGCAGUGGUGGCGCACGCCUUUAAUCCCAGCACUCAGAAGCAGAGGCAGGUGGAUCUCUGUGAGUUUGAGGCCAGCCUGUCUACAAGAGCUAGUUCCAGGACAGCUAGGGCUGUUACACAGAGAAACCUAGUCUCAAAAAAAGUCCAUAAUACCAGAAAGAGCAUGCUUGGAUCCGACUGGUAUCUGAAAGAAAAAGGAUUAGACAGUCAUGGCCCAGCCCAGAGCCACUACAGGAGCAGAGUUACUCUUAACCUCUCCCUCUCCCAAGAAUUCAUCCUUCCUAGGAUAGAAGGAAAGAAGGCUGGCGGCUAAGUCAGAGCUCCAGAGAGGGAACCCUGAACCAGUUCUUAGCCCUGGUCCUGUCUGGAUAGGUGACUGCAACCCAGAAGAGGAGGCAGGAGGUAGCAGCUGCCAGAGCAGCUCUUGUGCCUGUCUCUGCUUUUAAGCUGUACUUAGUAAGAUGUAGCUUAGAACCUGAGCCUUUUCCUCCCCCUUUAAAAGUAAGAGCUCAAAGAAGAAAGUAUUGUACUUUUGGUAAUAUUGAGAGCAGUGACUUUUGCUUCAAGACAGAUUGUAAAAUGCAUGUGACCGGCAGCAAAUGUCUAGAGCUGGUCCUGUAUUUGUAGGGCAGAUUUUAUCAGACAGAGUAGUCCUGACUCCUCCAAACACUAUAAGCAUUUCACAGAAUUUUGAUGUUUCUGGGAGCAGUCAAGGAAUUGCUGCCUCAGAAGCCUGUCUUGGAUGGUCUCCCUUGUUACACAAACUGUUCUGGCCUAGAGCCCUAACUAGUCUAGAACCGUCAAUCCCCUACAUCAGCUUCCUAAACACUAGGAUUAUAGGUUUUCUAUGGCUCUACAAACUUUUUCUUUUGAAGUAAUUUCAAAAAUCACAGUAACAUUGAGGGUAGAACAAAGAACAUUUUUUUUCCCUAUAUUUACCAUUCAGCCUGGUAAAGCAUGGAAUUUGUGUUUUAUUGAUAAAUUCCAAAGUGCUAGUGAUUUUCAGUGUACCAAAGUCACAAGUCUGCCUGGGGAGUCUCUUUGAGUUCCAGAGGCCUCUGGAUGCUCAGAUUCUUCAAAAGCUGAAACUUUGUGUGUCUUAGACACCUCUACACCUGGACCAGUAAGGACCAGUGUAGGCUGUAGAGCGAGAGCUUCAUGUCAUUGACAAAAAUAGCGUCUCCCUUUCCUAGUGUUGGAUCCAGUGACUUGUCCCCUUUCUGCCCAUGUACAAAAGCUCCCCCAGGGCCAUGAGCAGUACUUUUAGCUAAGGUAGAAUGUCUUUGAAGAAAGGCAAAUAGGAUGGUAGCUGGAGCUGAGCAGAUCCUAGGGACUUAUUCUCUCUCACCAUUCACACCUGGAAGAUGGAGCACGUCCCUUCCUCUCGUCUCUUAGUUUCCCUGCACAUUAAAUGGAGGCCUUAAGUGAGAUGACCUCAAGUUCCUUCUGUGCGCACAGUAGUUGAGAUGGGAGGAACUCAGGCUGUACUUUGCAAGGAGGAUUGGGAGUAACCCAUAGGAGAUGAGGUCAUCAAGAGACCACCUGAUCCCACAGCCAGUGCAUGCUCCCUUCCAGCCCUUCAGUCAUGAAGGACCAGUGGUGAUAUGGCUCAGUGGGGAAAGGCUACCAUCAUGCUUGAUAGCCUGAGUUUAUUCUCUCGGAUCUACAUGCUGGAAAGGAUUCAUGCAGGUUGUUCUUUGGCUUCCAUAUAUGCACUGUGAUAUGUUCGUGUAUGUGUGUGGGUAUACACAAACACUGUUCGGUCUUUAAUUUGGGAGCUAUUUGAAAAGGUAGCCUAAAGGCACUAGUUUGCUUGGGCAGCUAUGACAAGAUAACCACAGAAUGGAUGGUUUAAACAACAGACAUUUAUUUUCUCAUGGCCCUAGAAGUCUGAGAGGGUUCCAGCAUGGAAGUGGUCUUUCUCCCCUUGUGUGUGCCUGUGACCUUUCUCAUACCAACAACCCUACGGCUUUAGGACUGGGCCCCACCCUUUUGACCUAUUUUAAGCUUAGUGACUUCCUCAAAGACAAAUUUCUUAGUCACAUUGAGGUUUAGAACUUGAAUACGGGAAUUGGAGGUGGAUGUUGUUCAGCUGUAGGCACCUGGGAAUGCAAGUCUAGUCUUUUUAAAUUCUCAAAACCUUAUGUUCUAAAGAAAGGAGUUGAGAUAGUCAUUUCUGGCUCCUACCUGAGCAACUUAGCCAUCCAUGUAGCCUUGGGCUCAGUCCUUAGCUUCCCUCUGAGAUCAGCACCAUCAGCCCUGAGGUGACACUACCCUCUGAUAAAGGUUAUUCCAGGUGACCUUGGCUCUGCCUGUCCAACUCCCUGUGGUCCUCAUCUUCAAAUGUUUUCUUCCCAGCUUCUUGAGCGAAGGCUAACCAUGAGUGUUUAGAACACUUCUGUCUGGAGGCUGAGGGCAGCCCCCUCCGCUGCUGUGUGUCAUACUUCCUGCUUGCUUGUGGCUCUCAAGACAGCGGCCGCCUCCUGCUGCACACCUCUCUCUCUGAACGUGUAUCAAAUUUCUCUUUGGGAGAGGUAGCAGGGAGACAGGGUCUCCUUGUUACAUAAACUGGCCUAGCCUAGACCCUGACUAGUCUAGAGCUCUCAGUCCUACAGCAGCCUCCUGAACACUGGGAUUUCAGGUUUGCUGUGGUUCUAUAUACUUUCUCUUGAAAUAAUUGCAAAAUCACAGUAGUACUGAGGAUAGAACAAAGCACAUUUUUUUCUGUUUUGUUUUACCACUCAGUCUUUCCCUUGUCUGCAUCCCCAACCCCCAAACUGUUUGAAAUAUUUUACACCACAUUCCACUUUACCCUUACCAUGCUUUGUGUUGUGUCCGUAGGAGAGUUACCAAGUUCAGAAAUAUGUGGUGUCUGGUCAGUAUAAUAUUGCUUAUUUGUAGUUCAGACUUCAGGCUUCUGAAAGGAUACAGUCUAGUUAGUGGUUUAAGAUUGGCAUUCAUGUUGGUUCCUUGAAGUCUGUGUUUGCUGAACUUACUGGAGUAAGAGGACUGGAGGCUAGAAGAGAACAGAACGUGGGACAGCAAAGCCGUGCCCCUAACCUAGGGCUGAGGCUCUGGUUUGUGGGAAAGCAUUAGCAUCAGAUGGGCUGGGUGGGCUCUGCAAGUUGUAGUUGCCGACCUUGACAAUCUUGGGUGGGUGCUGGAGGUGUUGGCCCUCUGGAGUUUACAGAGAUGGCAGAAAAUGCACCUGCUCCCUGUGAAGCUCUCAGCCAUCUGCAUUGCCCGGCUUCCUGAGGUGCUGGGAUGGGCACUGAAACAGUCUUGCUGCUUGCAGAGUUCCCAAGUGAGCUGUCAUCCCAGGCUUUCCUACCCUAUCGAGGGUGUGAUUUGGGAGAGGUGGGCAUAGAGGAGUGAUGGGGACAUGGACUGGCUACGGGUGCCACUGCAGCUUGUGACAGGUCUGUCCAACAGCCUUAGGGUGCUCUGCUCUGCACCAUGCUGUGGCAGUAAGUCAUCAGACCUGGAACUCUGCUUUUCUAGCUGCUAAUAAUCUCUGCCAGGUGGGGUGCAGAGGGAAAUGGUGAACUGUAACCUUUAUUCAAGUCAUUGUGUAAGAGCUAG